GAUGACUUGCAAAAAUAAUCCAGGCAACGUCGAUGCAACGUUACAUCACACGUUAAAUAUAAAAGCCCUAGCAGAAUUCCUUUACCUCACUUGUUUAAAGAAGAAAGGUAGAAACGGCGUAGGCAGACAUAACAGCCUGAAGAAAUAAAAGAAACUGAAGAAGAUACAGACACGCAGCUGAAAAUCUACACAGCUUAAAAAGGAUAGAAAACCAAGAUGUUUGCUGCUGCAGCAUUACGAGUGAAAGCCAACUUAGAAGAGAAGGACUCAAACACAGAAUCUGAGAUCCGCAGAUUUACCGUUGAACAGCAGUCAUCAGAAAGCACCUUAUUUUCCGGACUGAAGCAGAAGGUCUCUGAGGUAUUCCCAGCACUGCAAAACUCCCAGAAGUUUAAGUUGUAUUGGAAAGAUCCCGAGGAAGGUGAGAAAAUAGCAUUUUCCUCAGAGGAAGAAAUGAAAGAGGCCCUCUCUCAAGCACAGUCCAAAGAUGGCACCUUCAACAUAUAUGUGAAACGAGAUGAAAAACCAGAUCCCCAACAGGCUAUGACUGACUCCAACAGCCCAGUGUUAAAAGCUUUCAGAGAUGGUGCCAGAGCAGGCUGGGAUGACAGUUUUGGUACCCCAGACUCAGAGAAGAGGAAGCGCCACCCCUGGGGUCAUUAUGGUAGGCACUGGGGUGGUAGGGGGCGGCACGGCUGUAGAGGUAGGGGGAGGGGACCCUGGGGACCCAUGCAGCCACCACCCUUUCAUCCAGGGUUUGAAGAGGUGCGACCAUCCUUUCCACCCUCUUUUUACAUGGAGGAGGGCACAGAUGGUCACCCUCCCUUUUCACCCCCACCCCACAUGAUGCGAGGGAUGUGCCAUGGCUGGGGAAGAAUGCACCCCUAUAUGAAACCACACGCCAAAAAUGAUGAAGAAAAAACAGCACAGGGUGGCACAGCAGAUAAAGAAGGUGAAAACAACAGGGAAACACCAGACGUCAAUCUGUGUUUCUUUGAGAGUGGACCAACAGGCAGUGACCCACAGGGUGCUGGUGAAGAUGGAAGUGAGGUGGACUGGUCAUUUGGAGAGCCAGGACGAUUUGGGCAUCAUGGUCAUGGUUUUGGCCAUGGACACCUUGGCCAUCGUGGACACAGGGGAUGGUGUCAUUAUAUGCACCAGCUUCAUCAAGACUUUGACCACUGUCCAAGAUGUACCACCACAGAGUUUCCCCAAGCUGAAGAAAACCAAAAAGAAAAAGAGGCCAGCAGUGAUUGCGAUGCCAUGGACAUUGACACUAGCACUUUGGAGGGGGCUACGAAACAGCAAAUGGGCUACAAGGACAAGGAGUUCUCUGAAGGUCACGAGGCUAAAAUCAGCAAAGGCUUGCGGAAUCUGGAAUUGAGAGGUUAUCGCAAUGAUAAUGGUUGGCUGAGCAGACUUCUGGUGGAGCACCAGGGUGAUGUGAGGAAAGUGCUGGAGGUUAUUAAACCCAGGGAGAACUGAAGUGAUUUGGAUCAGAAGUUUGAAAAAAGUUCUUUAAUAAGAAAAAUUGUUUUGUAGUGACAUUACAAACAUGUUGUUAACUUGAUUAUGCUUAGCUUAAG